AACAGUAAACAUAGAAGAAGUAGCGCCCCCAGUGGCGAGCUUUGGCUCGAGUAAAGCAUGCCGUGGAUGAGUGGAUCUUACGUUUAAGUGUAAAUGUCUACAAUUUCAGUCUUUUAAUCCGCAGACGCUUCACUAUCUGAAUGUUGGUCCUCAUUUAAAAAUAUGUGGGUUUAAUUCGGCUUCUUUUUAUGGUUUGCCAGCUGUUCGAAUCCACUUGCUUAGCUUUUGUAGCGGGUUUAGCUAACAAAGCUAAAGUGACACGUUUGUGUGUCGGUUUACUUGCUCGGAUAGUCGAACUGCAGUCCAUCUGAAGUCACAUUAUGGGGAUUUUGGAGAAAAUCUCUGAAAUUGAGAAAGAAAUUUCUCGGACGCAGAAAAACAAAGCCACUGAGUACCAUCUGGGCUUAUUGAAAGCCAAGUUAGCCAAAUACAGAGCUCAGCUUUUGGAACCUUCCAAGUCAGCGGGGGCCAAAGGAGAAGGUUUCGAUGUUAUGAAAUCUGGAGAUGCGCGCGUUGCUCUUAUCGGUUUCCCCUCUGUGGGUAAGUCCACCUUCCUCAGCUUGAUGACCUCAACAGCCAGCGAAGCCGCCUCCUACGAGUUCACCACCCUCACCUGCAUACCAGGAGUCAUUGAGUACAAAGGGGCCAACAUCCAGUUGCUGGAUUUGCCAGGAAUCAUCGAAGGUGCCGCUCAAGGGAAGGGUAGAGGUCGUCAGGUCAUUGCCGUCGCCAGGACAGCAGACGUGGUCAUCAUGAUGCUGGAUGCCACCAAAGGUGAUGUCCAAAGAGAACUUUUAGAAAAAGAGCUGGAGUCAGUGGGCAUCAGGCUGAACAGACUCAAACCCAAUAUAUAUUUCAAGCAAAAGAAAGGCGGUGGCCUCUCGUACAACUCCACAGUUCCUCUCACACACUGCUCCGAGAAGCUGGUUCAGCUCAUCCUUCAUGAAUACAAAAUCUUUAACGCAGAAGUCCUCUUCAGGGAGGACAGCACGCCCGACGAGUUCAUCGACGUCAUCGUCGGCAACAGAGUAUACAUGCCUUGUCUAUACGUGUACAAUAAGGUGGACCAAAUCUCCAUCGAGGAGGUGGACCGCCUGGCUCGCAGACCUCACAGUGUCGUCAUCAGUUGCGGCAUGAAGCUCAACUUGGAUUAUCUUCUAGAGACGCUUUGGGAAUACCUGGCUUUGAUUUGUAUUUUUACCAAAAAAAGAGGAGAGCGUCCAGACUUCAGCGAUGCCAUCAUCAUGAGAAGAGGAGCCAGCGUGGAACACGUGUGUCAUCGGAUCCACCGGACCUUAGCGAGCCAGUUCAAGUACGCUCUGGUUUGGGGCACCAGCACUAAGUACAGUCCACAGAGGGUGGGCCUGACCCACAUCAUGGAGCACGAGGACGUCAUCCAGAUCGUCAAGAAGUAAAACCAGCUUCAGUCGUUUUGGAGGCGCGACGGGAGGUGUUUCCAAAUUGGCUGGGGGGGGAAAAAAAAAAAAAAAAAAAAAGAAA